AUGGCUGCGACUCUGCGGCUCUCGUGGCCGUUCUUCAUGCUCCUCUUCCUCCUGGUGGGACUACAGGGGGAGACGAGGGACACGGCACCCAAACCCGACGGCAGGAGCGUGGCCAAUGACCAGCCUCGCAUGCUGUCAGAUGAUGGACACCUUGUCUUCUCAACCGGGGACGGGAAAGAGAUCCGCUUCCAGACGUCAGGAUCAGGUCUGGUUAAGGUGGAUAACGAGGAUCUCACUCAGCUCCUGAGUCAGAUCAAAACCAACAAAGGAGACAUUAACGACAUCAAGGUGAACGGAGGCGGAGUUUCCCCCGAAGUCACCAACAGACUCAACCUGCUCGAUACCAAGGUGUCGACACUUGAGACUAAAGUGACUACACUUGAAUCGACGGUCCAGAGGUUGUCUUGCAGCAGCAACCCCUGUCAGAACGGAGGAACAUGUUUGAACCUACUCAACUCGUACCACUGUCUGUGCCCCGGCAACUGGGCUGGUCCUACCUGUGCAACAGAUGUGAAUGAGUGUCAGCUGUAUUUGGGGACAUUACAGAGUUGCCAGAAUGGAGCAACCUGUUUCAACAACCCUGGAUCAUUCAGUUGCACCUGCUCUCCGGAAUGGUCCGGGACGCUCUGCACGGUGCGUUACGACGACUGCAGGAAUGCCGGAGCGGACCUGUGUGUGCACGGCACGUGUAUCGAUGCAGACCGGCUCACAGCUGGACAGCCCAGGUAUCAAUGCAUUUGUGAGAGUGGCUGGGACGCUCCGGCCGGGAACCCGUCCUGUGUGUCUGACGUGGACGAGUGUAACCUCCCCAACAAACCCUGCUCCUCCAACCCCGCGGUGCCCUGCUACAACACCCAGGGCUCCUUCUACUGCGGAGGCUGUCCAGCUGGUUGGCAAGGAAACGGCUACAGCUGUCGGGAUGUGGACGAAUGUUUGACGAACAAUGGCGGCUGCUCCUCCGCCCCCGUGGUGCAAUGCCUGAACACCAUGGGCUCCUUCCACUGCGGGCUGUGCCCCCCAGGCUACGAGGGCGACGGGAGAACCUGCACGCAGAGCAACGUCUGCGCCACCAACAAUGGAGGCUGCCACCCGUUGGCCACCUGCUCCGCCAGCACAGGCACCAGCCUCCCGGUCUGCACCUGCCCCCCAGGCUAUAUCGGCAGCGGUUAUGGACCGGCUGGCUGCACCCAGACCAGCAACAUCUGUCAGACCAGCAACCCGUGUGUCAACGGGCAAUGUGUGGCCACCUCCUCGGCUUCUGGCUACAUCUGCGAUUGCAACUCCGGCUGGGAAGGAGUCCACUGCGACCAGAACAUCAACGAGUGCUCGAGCAGCCCGUGUCAGAACGCCGGAACCUGCACCGACGCCAUCGAUGGAUUCACGUGUUCUUGCACCGCCCAGUGGACCGGCCCACUCUGCCAGAGCCCACAGCAAGUGUGUGGAGGUUACCUGAGUGGCCCUGCUGGUUCCUUCAGUUAUCCCAACACCCCGGGUCACGAUGAAUACAACCACCAGGUCAGCUGCGCCUGGGUGAUCCGCGUUGACCCCAACAAGAUUCUGCGUAUCACCUUUCCGUUCUUUGACCUGGAGACCAGCGCCAACUGCAACUUCGACUUCCUUCAGAUCCACGACGGGGACAGCGCCUCGUCUCACAUGCUCGGGAAAUACUGCAGCCAGAAUAACCCGCCGGAGCUCCUCAGCUCCCACAAUUCUCUGUAUUUCUGGUUUCGCAGCGACCAAUCGAUCAGCGCCGGUGGCUUCACGGUCGCUUGGCAGUCUCAGGACCCAGUGUGCGGAGGCGAACUAACCGCCAGCUACGGCAACAUCAACUCACCCGGUUACCCUGGCAACUACCCACCGAGCAGAGACUGCUACUGGACGGUGACGGUGGCGCCCGGCCUCCUCAUCACCUUCGCCUUUGGGACUCUCAGCCUGGAGCAGCACCCCGACUGCAGCUUCGACUUCCUGGAGAUCCGGGACGGUGUUCUCACUGAAGAUCCGGUUCUGGGGAAGUACUGCCGGACCGAGUCCCCGCCCCCCGUGCAGUCCACCGGUCCAGCUGCGUGGAUCCACUUCCACUCUGACUUCAGCGUCUCCGACCGAGGCUUCCACAUCACGUACACAACCACACCAAGCGACCCUGGCUGUGGAGGAACCUUCACUCAGAGCGAGGGCAUCAUCAUCUCCCCCAACUGGCCCAACGACUACGCCCACAACCGCCAGUGCAUCUAUCUGAUCCGUCUGCCGGCCGGUGAACGAGUGUCCCUGAACUUCACUCACAUGAGCCUGGAGACUCACGGCAGCUGCAGCUUUGACUACGUGGAGGUCCGUGACGGCAGACUGGAGAGUGAUCCUCUGAUAGGGAAGUACUGUGGAACGACUCUCCCGGCGCCCGUCGUCUCGUCCUCCAACUCCCUGUGGGUUCGCUUCAAGUCCGACAGCUCAGUCAGCCACGCCGGUUUCAGGGCCCUUUAUACCGUCGACUGUGGAGGUAUUUUGUCGGGGACUGGGCAGCUACGCUCCCCCUACCACCCCAACGCCUACCCCCACAACAAGGCCUGUGUGUGGGUCAUCAACCAACCGGAGGGCUUCGUGGUCACACUCAACUUCCUGUCAUUCGACGUUGAGGGAGGCUCCUGCGCUUUUGACUCCGUUGAGGUGAGGGACGGCUCCACCUCCAGCUCUCCUCUGCUGGGGACCUUUUGUGGAGCCGAGGCCCCCCCCCGGCUGCAGUCCACUCAGAGGUCCAUGUUCAUCCGCUUCAAGACCGACUCCUCCAUCAGCAACCUCGGCUUUGAGGCCGCGUACGGCUCGGCCCUGGAGGGCUGCGGGGACACCCUGUCCAGUCCUUCGGGCACCAUCACGAGCCCCGGCCACCCCACCAACUACCCCCACGGAGCCCACUGCACCUGGUACAUCACCGUUGCCCCGGGCAACCUGGUCCGGCUGUCGUUCGACUCCUUCAACAUCGAGUACCACGCCGAGUGUAACUUCGAUUACCUGGAGCUGUACGACAAUGGCACCGCGCAGACUGGGACCAAGAUCGGAAGGUACUGCGGGCGCUCGGUGCCUCCGUCCAUCACCAGCACCGACAACCUGCUGACGCUGCUGUUUGUGACGGACUCCAGUUUAGGCAGCGAGGGAUUCUCUGCCAGCUACGUGUCCAUCGACGCCGCCACAGACUGUAGCGAGACCUUCACUUCCUCUACCGGCUCCUUCAAGUCACCCAACCACCCGGCCUACUACCCCAACAACAGAGACUGCAUCUUCAGGAUCACCGUGGAGGUCAACAUGCAGAUCAUGCUGAACUUCAGCCGCUUCGAGCUGGAGGGCCCACCUCCUUCCUGCGCCUUUGACUUUGUUGAGAUCAGGGACGGUGGCUAUGAGACGUCUCCCCUGAUCGGUAAGUUCUGUGGCUAUCAGGCUCCUCCGGUCCUGGUAUCCCAUAGCAACCGUCUUUGGGUUAGAUUCCGCUCGGAUAACAUCGUCACCUACGGUGGAUUCAAUGCCCACUGGGACGGCACGCAGACCGGCUGUGGAGGGACGCUGACCACCACCUCGGGGGCCUUCUCCUCUCCCAACUACCCGCUGCCCUACCACCCCAAUGCUGAGUGCUACUGGAACAUCCGGACCAACCAGGGCAGCCAGCUGCUGCUCUCGUUCUCUGACUUCCACCUGGAGUCCACCACCACCUGCACGUUUGACUACCUGGCUGUGUAUGACGGUAACAGCAGCAGUGCUCCUGAGCUGGCCAAGUUGUGUGGCAGCCAGACGCCGAGCAGCAUCAACGCCUCCAGCAAUCAGCUCUACGUCAAGCUACGCACCGACAGCAUGGUCAGCAUGGGAGGCUUCCUCGCAUCAUACACCUCCGAUUGCACCGUGGUCAUCCCAAGCGGACACAAGGGAGUGGUGGAGUCACUGAACUUCCCAAACAACUAUGCAUUGAACUCCGAAUGCAGCUGGACCAUCAAGGCCAGCAGCGGAAACACCGUCAACUACACCUUCACCGCCUUCCAGCUGGAGUCCACCUCCAGCAGCUGUUUCUAUGACUACGUCAAGCUCUUCGAUGGGCCUAACACACAAGCUCCUGUGAUCGGGACAUUCUGUGGAUACACGCCGCCACCAGCCAACAGCACCACGGGCCCAGCCCUCACCGUGGCGUUCAGAAGCGACUCCUCCGUGUCCAUGCCCGGGUUCCAGAUGAUGUGGUACCAGAACGGCUGCGGUGGGGAACUCUCUGGUUCCACUGGCUCCUUCAACAGCCCAGGCUACCCCAGCAGGUACCCAGAGAACAGAGAGUGUAUCUGGUACAUCACCACGUCAGCCGGCAGCAGCAUCACCCUCACGGUCCAGGAGUUUGAUGUGGAGUUCCACCCAGACUGCAACUACGACGUGCUGGAGGUGUAUGGAGGCCCAGACCUGUUGGCCCCCCAGCUGACCAAGCUCUGCACCACCACAUCCAGCCCAAUGCACGUCUCCAGCACCGGCAACCUGCUCACGGUGCGCUUCAAGUCCGACGCCUACGUCAGCGGGCGAGGGUUCAACGCGAGCUGGGCUGAAGCUCUGGGAGGCUGUGGCGGCCCAGUGACCGCUCCAUCAGGGGAGAUCCAUUCUCCUUCGUAUCCCAGCAGCUACCCCAGUAAUGUGGACUGUUCCUGGGUCAUCAGUGUGAACCCCAGCCAUCGGGUCUUCGUCAACUUCUCCGACGUGGAUAUUGAACAUCACAGCGAGUGCUUCUGGGACUACGUGGUUAUCUACGACGGUCCGUCCAUAUCCUCUCCUCUGCUGCUCCGAGUGUGCGGCACCAGUCUACCUCCUCCCAUCACCUCCACCCAGAACACCAUCUACGUUCGCUUCCGGUCCGACUCGAGUCGCAACCACCGUGGCUUCAGCGCUCGCUUCUCUGAGGCCUGCGGUGCAACCAUAUCAACUGAUGAUAACGGGGGAGCCAUCGCGUCGCCACGGUACCCAGGACCAUACCCGGCCAAUCAGAACUGUACUUGGAUCAUCAAAGCACAGGAACCAUAUAACCACGUGACUCUGUCGUUCACUGACUUUGAGUUAGAGAUGGUGAACUCCAACUGCGCCCAUGAUGCCGUGCAGAUCCUGGACGGAGACAACUACCAAUCACCUUCCAUCGGGCGCUUCUGCGGCUCUGAGCUGCCUCACCCGGUGACGUCCUUCAGCGACUCCAUGGUGGUCAACUUCAUCUCGGACAACUCCGUCUCCAGGAAAGGGUUCAGAGCCACCUACUCAGCAUCCACCUCCAGCUGUGGAGGAGAUCUGCUGAUGGAGACCGGCGCCUUCAACAGCCCCAACUAUCCCGACGCGUACCCGCCCAGCGUGGAGUGUGUGUGGACCAUCAGGAGCUCACCUGGGAACCGCCUGCAGCUCUCCUUCAUUACCUUUCACCUGCUGGGAGACUCCGGCUGUCAGAACGACUACCUGGAGAUCAGAGAGGGAAACUCCUCGGGGGCUCUGGUUGGUCGCUUCUGUGGGAAUCUGCUGCCCUCGAACUACACGUCUGUGAUUGGUCACGUCCUGUGGGUCAAGUUCGUCUCGGACGCCUCGAUGAGUGGCGCCGGAUUCAGAGCCACCUUCUCACACUUGUUCGGUAAUGAUGUGGUGGGGGAGUUGGGUCAGAUCGCAUCCCCGCUGUACCCCAGAACCUACCCCAACAACGCCCACUACCGCUGGACCGUCACCGUGGAGGGAGACAGCUACGUCCAGAUCCGCUUCCUGGACAUGGACAUCGAGGACCUGCAAGACUGCACCUACGACCACCUCAAGAUAUUUGACGGCCCCAGUGUUCACCACUACCCCAUCGGGACGUUCUGCGGCUUGGCCCUGCCCCCUCCCCUCAGGAGCUCUGGAAGCUCCGUCACGCUGCAGUUCACCAGCGACUCAGUGGUGGUGGGACGAGGUUUCCUCGUGGAGUGGACGGCCGUCCAGGAGUCUGGACCGCCACCCACCAUCUUACCAGGUGCUUGUGGGGGGAUGCUGAUGACUGGGGAGACUCCCGGCUUCCUCUUUUCUCCGGGCUGGCCCGAGCAGUACCUUCCGUACCUGGAGUGCACCUGGUUGAUCCGCUCUCCAGACUCCACCGUGGAGUUAAACCUCUUGUCGUUGGACAUCGAGGACAUUCCCGACUGCUAUUAUGACAGCCUGGUCAUCAGAGACGGUUCCAGUAGUUUGUCCCCCGUGUUGGCCAAUGUGUGUGGUCGGGAACUUCCAUCUUCCAUCCACUCAACGGGAGACUCCAUGUUCAUCCACUUCUCCUCAGACGGCAUCGUCGGUGGCCGAGGCUUUAAUGCCUCCUACUCUAGAGGUUGUGGGGGCCUCUUGCAUGCAGACCGGGGCGUUCUGAGCAGUCCCAACUACCCUCAGAACUACCUGCCCGGUCUGGACUGCAGCUGGCAUGUGAUGGUGACGCCCGGCUACAGGGUUUCUGUCGCCUUCCAGAGUCCCUUCCAGAUCCAAGGCUAUGAAACUGGAUGCAGGACAGGAGACUACCUGGAGCUCAGAAAUGGUCCAGACGGUUCAGCUCCAGCACUCGGGGACCGUCUCUGUGGUUCCAGCGUACCGUCUGUCCUCCAGACUACUGACAACCACCUCUUUAUCCACUUUGCAUCUGAUGCCACCAUCGAGGGCAGCGGCUUCAAGCUGACCUUUGAGGCCCACAGUCAAGCGUGUGGAGGCUUCAUUGAGCUGAAUGAUGGUGACACUCCGGGGUACAUCACUUCACCCAACUACCCCCAGAGCUACCCCCAGAACAUCGACUGUAUCUGGGUCGUCAGCGCGCCCAACGGGGAAGCGGUCCAGAUCGACUUUGAGGAGGAUAUUUACAUUGAGCCCACAGCCAGCUGUGUGUACGACUACCUGGAGCUGCGUGACGGCUCCACGACCAACAGUGACUUAAUUUCCCGCCUUUGUGGAAACAACCGACCAUCCACCCAACAUUCAGCCGGCUCCUCCAUGCUGCUCCGGUUUCGUACCGACUCCAGUGUCACACACAAAGGCUUCAAGGCAAAGUACUCCAUAGCAACAUGUGGAGGCACUUACAUCGGUCAGAGGGGGGUAAUCCAAAGCCCUGGCUUCCCCCUAUCCAGCUACCCGAGCAGCUCAAGUUGUGAAUGGUACCUGGAGGGGCCCACGGGCCACUACCUCACCCUCAGCUACGGGAACUUCAGCCUGCAGAGCUCCGUCGGGUGCACCGCCGACUACGUGGAGAUCAAAGAGUACAACGCCUCAGGGCGCGUGUUGGGCCGACACUGCGGCGCUAACCUUCCAGCUUCCAUGGACACGUCUGACAGUUUUGCCUACGUCCGGUUUGUGAGUGACGGCAGUGGGAACGCCGCCGGCUUCAGUCUGACGUUUGAAGCCAGCGUUGAAGCCUGUGGAGGAGAGCUGAACGCCCCCUCAGGAACCAUCUCCUCCCCCAAUUACCCCAACUUGUACCCGCACAGCCGGGUGUGUCGCUGGGAGCUGGCGGUGGCAUCGGGCCGCCGGGUCACGCUCACCAUCAACGACCUGCGGCUGGAGGACUCUGGUACUUCCUGUGUGUUCGACUACGUUGACGUACUGAACGGGUUGGUGGUCGACGCCCCUCGCCUGCAGAGGUUCUGUGGUUCGGUACCGGCCGGCACACAGGUGCGCUCCUCCGGCAACACCAUGACCGUCCUGUUCCGCACGGACGCUUCCGUGUCCAACGGCGGCUUCCUGGCCUCCUACUCCUCCGAGGAGCCCGCAGAGUGUGGUGGAAUCCUGGACGACCCGGCGGGGGGGAACUUCACUUCUCCCGGGUACCUGCUGUCCAACUACAGCAACAACCUGAACUGUGAGUGGCUCAUCCAGAACCCGCAGCACGUCAACUCUUCUAUCGUGGUGCUGAUCGAAGACCUGCACCUGGAGCACCACCAGACCUGCGACUCGGACUACCUCCAGCUCCGCCUGGGUGACUCGGAUGGGGAGCUGCUGGCCAAGUUCUGUGGGCAGACCACCCCCAACAUUCCCAUUGUCGUCUUUACACCUGAGCUGUGGGUCCAUUUCAGAACGGACUCCUCCCAGGGAGACCUGGGCUUCAAGGCCAAGUACUUGUUCUCUGAGUGUGGAGGCUGGCAGACAGGUGAAGGGGGGAUGAUAUCCAGUCCUAACUACCCCAACGUAUACCCCGGACCCAGCCGCUGUGCUUGGCUGCUCGAGGCUCCAAUGGGCCACACUAUUACACUCACCUUCAGCUACUUCAACCUGGAGCCCCACGCUCAAUGUAACUGGGACUCUGUCACCAUCUUCAAUGGAGGAUCCCCUGGAGCCCCUGUGAUUGGCCAGUACUGUGGGACCACCUCCCCGGGAGCCAUCCAAUCAGGAUCAAACAAGAUGGCUGUCGUAUUCCUGGCUGACCACAGCGUGUCCAGAGGAGGCUUCAUGGCCUCCUGGUCUUCUGACUCCUCAGGCUGCGGAGGGGUGAUCCACGCCGAGACGGGAACCAUCAAGUCUCCGAACUAUCCCCAGAAUUUCCCGGCCAAUGUGGAGUGUUCCUGGCAGAUCAUCGCUCACCAGGGGAACCACCUGGAGAUGAGCUUCAGCACCGACUUCCAGAUACCCGACGGCGCCGGCACCUGCCAGAGCAACUACGUCAAGGUGUGGUCGGGUCAGACCCAGAACACGGAGGCUCUGCUGUCCACGGGCUGCGGCUCGGUGGCUCCGAGCCGCGUCAUCGCCCCAAAUAACAUCAUCACCAGCAGGUUCCAGAGCACCGGGGCCCCUGGAAGAGGUUUCUCAGCCUUCUUCAGCACCAGGUGCGGAGCAAACUUCACGGCCCCCGCCGGUCGAGUGGUUUCUCCCAACUAUCCCGCCGACUACGCCGACAACUCCAACUGCAACUACACCAUCGACGCCGGAGCGCAGACGGUGGUGCUCCUCACUUUCCAGGUCUUCCAUGUCGAAGCCCACUCCUCCUGUCUGUACGACGGGCUGAAGAUCUACAGCCUGGCUACCGGGGGCCCCGCUAUCGCCACCCUGUGCGGCAGCAACGUCCCGGGGCCGUUCUCCAGCUUCGGCCCCAUGCUGCUCAACUUCUACUCGGACUCUGUGAUCCCCGACAUGGGCUUCAUGGCCGAAUACAGAGCCAUCCCAUGCGGCGGUUACUUCAACAGCACGAUGGGUACAGUGAGCAGUCCAGCGCUCUCCGUGACCGACUACCACCACAACAUCAACUGUACCUACCACAUCGUGGUCGGAGCCAACCGAGUGAUGGACCUCAAGUUCAACACCUUCCACCUGGAGGCCUCUUCCUCCUGCCGCUACGACUACGUGGCCGUGUAUGACGGACAGGACACCUUGGCGCCCUUAUUGGGCAAAUUCUGCGGUUCGGUGCUCCCACCGAAUAUACGCUCCACUACCAACCAGCUGUUCAUUGAAUUCAGGACGGAUGCCGCGGAGAGCGGUAUAGGCUGGAGGGCUGUUUACAGCGAGACGUUGGGUCCUGCUCAGGGCUGCGGUGGCUACCUGUCCAUGCCCAUGGGCAUGUUCGGUUCUCCAGACGCCAACCUGGACGGGCUCUACGAGCCCCGGCUGGACUGCCUGUGGACGAUCGAGAUGCCGGUCAACAAGGCCGUCAACCUGACCUUCAACUCCUUCGACCUCGAGGGCUCCUCCACUUGUCGCUACGACUACGUUAAAGUGUAUGAUGGUGACAACGUGAACUUCCCUCUGGUUGCGACGUUUUGUGGAAGCCUCAUCCCGGCUCAUUUCGUAUCGAGUGGAAACUUCCUGACGGUUCACUUGGUCACGGAUAGCUCGGUCAAUAAACGAGGCUUCAAUGCUACCUACAGUUCGGUGACACUGCUCUGCGGUGGGACUCUGAACGCCACCAGCGCCAUCCAGACCCUGGUUUCGCCUUCCUUCCCCAAUGCGUAUCCUCCCUACACCGCCUGCCGAUGGGUCCUGGAUGCUCCGGCACAGGAAUCCAUCAAGAUCUCCGUCCAGAACUUUGUCCUUCAGCCAAGCCAGAGCUGCUCCACGAACUACCUGGAGAUGAAGGACUGGCCUCUGGGAGACUAUGGGCAGUCGCAUAAGUUCUGUGCAUCAGAUGCCCAUCCUCCAGACUUCUACAGCUACAGCAGAACAAUCCUCGUGUAUUUCAAAUCUGACACCUUCAUGUCAGGAAAUGGCCUGAGUUUCAAUUUCCAGAUCGCAAGCUGUAGCCGAACCUAUGAACAGGAACAUGGCUACCUGAAGAGUCCCGGCUGGCCUGACAUCUACCCCCACAACAUGGACUGCACCUUCAUCUUGAAGGCCCCACAGAACAACUCCAUCUCCUUCUUCUUUAACAGUUUUGAUAUCGAGAGCCACAGCCACUGUGAAUUUGACUACUUGGAGAUACGUAACGGCAGUACGGCGGACUCGCCGCUGAUUGGUCGGUUCUGCGGCAGCACCUUGCCCAACCCCGUCUUCCCUCAAACCAACCUGCUCUACUUACGCUUCAAGAGUGACUAUGCCAUGACCCGCGACGGCUUUGAGGCCACGUGGACGUCCUCCCUUCAAGGUUGCGGUGGGACUCUAAGCGGAGACCGCGGCUCAUUCACGAGUCCCAACUACCCGGGCACCUACCCCAACGGUACCCACUGUGAAUGGGCCAUCGUGGCACCCAGAGGUCGCGUGGUGACCGUCACCUUCGCCCAGAUCAGUAUUGACGACCCUGGAGAUUGCCAGAACAACUUCUUGAAGUUGUAUGAUGGCCCAGACGCCACCUCACAGCCUGCUGGACCGUACUGCGGAGUGGAAACCAACAUCGCUCCGUUCACCGCCUCCUCCCAUCACGUCUACAUUGUUUUCCGAGGCCUGUACGCCAGCCUUCCUUCAGGGUUCAGACUCACCUGGAGCAGCUAAAAGACCUUAAAGACUCACACAUGCAGACCGUUGCUAAAUAAUUUCCUAAUCACAUUUUAAAACUGCUCUUCAUUUAUUUUUUUAAUGAAAGAAAUCUGAUAGAAUAUUUACAUGAUUUGUUAUUUGUCAUUUGAGAUGUUCAGUUUAGUUGUAUUGCAUUUUAAACCACUAACCUGCUGAUAUGUUGGA